GGAUAGCAAAUCCUCAGAACAUAAUAUGUAUAGUAUGGGCCGUCUGCUGUAAUUCGGAUGCCAAAAAUGUUGUCGUCGUCACGCGCUGCGAUGUUUCCGGCGGCCGCCGCGUGCAUGGCGGCGUUGAUGGUUUUUCCGAUGCUGCUGCUGCUCGGCCGGCGCUGCGAGGCGAAGGUAAAGCUGCCGCCGGGAACCGUCGUGAAGGGAGUUAUCGUGUUUGGAGAUUCCAUCGUCGACCAAGGCAUGAACAACAAUCUCCAGACGACGUUCGCCCGGUGCAAUUACCCGCCGUACGGCCAGGACUUCGCCGGCGGGAGGCCCACCGGCCGGUUUUGCAACGGCAAGACGCCGUCGGACUUCAUAGCGGAAGAAUUGGGAGUGAAAGAGCUCUUGCCCGCUUAUUUUGACCCGAAUUUACAACCCGAAGAUUACAAAACGGGCGUGAGCUUUGCAUCCGGAGGCUGUGGAUUUGAUCCUCUAACAGCAGAAAUUGCGACAGCUAUACCCCUCACGACGCAAUUAAACUACUUCAAAGAAUAUAAGGGAAAGCUGAAAGAGAUGGUGGGUGAAAACCAAACAAAUUACAUUAUUGAGAACACACUAUUUGUGGUGGUCGCCGGCACCAACGACGUCCUCAACACCUAUUUCUCCCUCCCUGUCCGGCGUAUCAAGUACGAUAUUUAUGCCUACGCCGAUCUUAUGAUACAAGGAGCCGCCAAUUUUAUCCAGGAAUUGUACGACGAGGGGGCCCGACGGGCUGUGAUUUUUGGCAUCCCACCAGCAGGGUGUGUGCCCUCUCAGAGAACAAUAGCAGGAGGCAAAUCAAGAGCUUGUGUAGAACAGUAUAAUGAAGCUGCACAAAUAGUGAAUUCCAAGCUCUCAGCUGAGAUUGAUUAUCUAAGCAACAAAUUGCCACAAUCCACCAUUGUUUAUGUAGACAUAUAUAAUCCCCUUCUUGACCUCAUCCAACACCCCCAAAAUUACGGAUUCGAGGUUGCUGAUAGAGGAUGUUGCGGGACUGGAGUUAUAGAGGUUACCUUUUUAUGCAACAAAUACAGUGGUACAUGUCCUGAUCACACUAAAUAUGUGUUUUGGGAUAGUUUCCAUCCCACAGAGACUGCUUACAGGAUUCUUGUACAUCAAAUCCUUCAAAAAUAUAUCAGUCGUUUCAUCUAAACAAAUUGUCAACAAGAAGUUUACAACAUUGGAUAUGUAUAGUAUAUAUAGUUCAUAGGAACAACUUCGUGUUCUUGUUCGUAAGUGUUCCCUUUAAUUUUCUUCUCAAGAUUUGAUUGAAGGGUGGGGAAAUUAAAAGAAAAAGAAUGUAUGGAUUUGAUUUGUUGGUGUAUUAUGAUAAUUUAUAAAGACUUUGAUUAUAUGAAAA